UGUUAUGACGUCAUGGGUGGUAUAUAAACCAGGAGCACGGAAGAUUUUUGUCAAACCGUUGAGGAAUCGCGAGGGCAGCGUUUAUAGUUCCUUGUGAUCUCGGCAGAGGUUCGCGUGUAAGACUUCCCUUACAGUAACAACAUGCGUGAGUGCAUCUCCAUCCAUGUAGGCCAGGCUGGUGCCCAGAUGGGCAAUGCCUGUUGGGAGCUGUACUGUUUGGAGCAUGGCAUACAGCCUGAUGGCCAGAUGCCCUCAGACAAAACCAUUGGUGGUGGUGAUGACUCUUUCAACACUUUCUUCUGUGAAACUGGUGCUGGCAAGCAUGUUCCCAGGGCAGUGUUUGUCGAUCUUGAACCUACUGUUAUAGAUGAAAUCAGAACUGGUGUGUACCGUCAGCUGUUCCAUCCUGAGCAGUUGAUCACUGGCAAGGAAGAUGCGGCAAACAAUUAUGCACGUGGUCAUUAUACAAUUGGAAAGGAAAUUGUUGACAUUGUACUUGACCGCAUCCGCAAACUGGCAGACAACUGCACUGGUCUUCAGGGAUUCCUAAUUUUCCAUUCCUUUGGCGGUGGCACUGGCUCAGGAUUUACUUCUUUAUUGAUGGAAAGGCUUUCUGUUGACUAUGGAAAGAAGAGCAAGCUAGAAUUUGCAAUUUACCCAGCUCCCCAGGUAGCUACUGCAGUUGUUGAGCCCUAUAACUCUAUUCUGACCACUCACACAACUCUUGAACAUUCGGACUGUGCCUUCAUGGUUGACAAUGAAGCCAUCUACGACAUCUGCCGCAGAAACUUGGAUAUUGAACGACCCACCUACACCAAUCUGAACAGGCUGAUUGGCCAAAUUGUUUCCUCUAUCACAGCUUCUCUUAGAUUUGAUGGUGCCCUUAAUGUGGACCUAACAGAGUUCCAGACUAACUUGGUGCCUUACCCAAGAAUUCAUUUCCCUCUCGUUACAUAUGCCCCUGUAAUCUCUGCAGAGAAGGCUUACCAUGAGCAGCUUUCUGUAUCAGAGAUCACAAAUGCCUGCUUUGAACCUGCCAACCAGAUGGUAAAGUGUGACCCCCGACAUGGUAAGUACAUGGCAUGCUGUCUUCUCUACCGUGGUGAUGUGGUGCCUAAAGAUGUAAAUGCUGCUAUUGCUACAAUCAAGACAAAAAGAAGCAUUCAAUUUGUGGACUGGUGUCCUACAGGCUUUAAGGUUGGCAUUAACUACCAACCACCUACUGCUGUCCCUGGUGGAGAUUUGGCUAAGGUAUCCAGAGCUGUGUGUAUGCUGUCGAACACUACUGCCAUUGCUGAAGCUUGGGCUCGUUUGGACCACAAGUUUGAUCUGAUGUAUGCCAAGCGUGCAUUUGUGCACUGGUAUGUUGGUGAGGGAAUGGAGGAAGGAGAGUUCACAGAAGCUCGUGAAGAUCUUGCUGCACUUGAGAAAGAUUAUGAAGAGGUUGGUGUUGACUCUGCUGAUGCAGAGGGUGAAGAAGAAGGGGAAGAAUAUUAAAUGAUUUGCAUGAAUAUCCCCCAGCAUUCCAUAUUCAGAAAGAUGUAAUAAAAACAAAUCGAUAAAUUAA